ACGCCGCUCUCUAUCUGCAACACUACCUCCCAACCAGGCAAAGGGCAAAGACAGUGACCACCUCAGCUCGGUCUCUGUCCGUCUCCCCGGCCUCGUCCACCCACUGGGACGUCCGCUCUCUGGACCCCCUCGCUGCCACCUGCACCCGUCAAGAGGGUUUUCUCAUUUUGGGUUUUGUUUUUGAAAGACUCCUGGACGUGGACAGGAAAGUGCACGUUGAAGUGGCGAGAAUGGAAAAAGAGGUGUAGUGUUACCGAGGGGUUUCCAGCAACCAGCCAUUCAUUGGAUUGGGAUUAAAGACUGGGAUUAAAAAAACGCACAGCGGAGCCGACGGACCGACUGCGAAAAUAUUAGGUUCUUUUAAGGAAAAACUUAAAAAACCUGCACAAAAGGAUUUAAUCGUUUGGAAUAGAACUUUUUUUUUUAAUUUUUUUUUUUUUUGAAACGAUGACUGAAGCAGUUGAAGCGCGGUCGUCGUCCACCACCACCACCACCAUGGUCAUCGAGGGUAAGGGCGGAGGAGGCGCCGCGCCACCGCCGUCGUCCAUCCAGACGCCCAAGAAGACGUUCAGCGAGGACCUCUCCUCCACGUUCAGCUCGCCGCUGGCCUGGAUCUUGGUUCUGGCCCUCGUCGUCACGUGGUCCUGUGUCUUCGUCAUCAUGUUUGACCUGAUGGACUACAAGACCAUUUCAGGUCGCCCACCUCCUGUCGUCAGGAAGGUUUUUAAGGAGUCAGGGCGUCGAGGAGGCCUCACCAAGAUCGGCUCGGACCCCAUGAGGGCGGUGAACGACGCCAUGGAGGAGUCGUCCAGCGCGAUCGGCGCGUUGUUCAAGUUCGCGUCCGGCCUGAUCGCGCCGGAGGACGACGAAGGAACUCUGUACGCCGUGAGGAAAAAAGGAGAAUUUCUUCCGUCUCGAAGUAAAGUUGUAGGGAUGCAAGCAAAGACGAAACCACCAGCGGUUGAAGCCGUGGAGGAGGAGGAGGAGGAGGAGGAGGUGGGAGACGAGGGAGACAAAGUGGGGGCUGUUGAGGAGGAGGAGGACGAAGGGUAUGCAGAAGAGGAGCAACAACUAGAGGAGGAGGAGGAAGAAUAUGAGGAAGAGUAUGAUGAGUACGAGGAGGAGUAUGAUGAGGAGUAUGAUGAGGAGUAUGACGAGGAGUAUGAUGAUGAGUAUGACGAGGAAGAAUAUGAGGAGGAGGAGGAGGAGGAGGGAGGAGUUGAAGAUGAUGGGGAAGAAGAAGACGACGGAGUAGGAACUGUGGAGGAGGAGGAGGGAGAGGAGGAGGAAGAAGAAGAAGAGGAGGGAGUAGGAGCUUUGAAGGAGGAGAAGGAGGAGGAGGAGGAGGAGGAGGAGGAAGGGCCUUUGGGCGAAGAAGAAGAGGAGGAGGAGAGUGAUGAAGCAGCUGCUGAUGAAGACGAGGAAGAGGCAUUAGCUGCUGAGGUGAAGCGAGAUGAUGAAGACGAGGAAGAUGAGAAAGAAACUGAGGCAGCUGCGCCGGAGACUGAUGAAGACGAUGAAGAUGAGGAAGAUGAGCAUGAAGAUGAUGAAGACGAGGAAGAUGAGAAGGAACCUGAGGCAGCUGCACGGGAGACUGAUGAGGGCGAUGAAGAUGAGAAGGAACCUGAGGCAGCUGCACCAGUGACUGAUGGAGAUGAUGAAGAUAAAUCGAAAGAGGGGGCCGCCGCCGCAGUAGAAGAAGAAGAGCUGGACAAAGACGAUGAAGAUAUUGAGGCAGAAGAAGAGGAGGCAGAUGCUGCUGAUGAAGAUGAAGAUGAUCUAGAAGAGUCUGCCGAUGCUGAGGAGGAUGAUGAUGACGAAGAAGUUUCUCCUGAACCCAGUUCCACUUCUGAGGAUGAAGAGUCGGCAGCGUCUCCUGACUCUGAGUCCGACGCUCCUGUUCAGGACGUAACUCUGCCUGAUGAUGAUGAUGAUGAUGAUGAUGAAAAAGACGCAGAAGACCGCGACGAAGGCGACACCAGUGACGAUGCCUUCACUGACUCCUCAGACGUGAGCGACUCCGUUCUUCUGUCCAGUGAAGACGAUGCAGAGGGGGAGGAUGACGAGGACGACGACGAGGACGAUGAAGACGACAGACUGGCUGAGGGAGUCGGCACAUCUGAAAGUGAAGAAGACCAUGACGGCGACUUGGAGCUCGAUCUUCCUCCCGUUGCUGCUGUUAUCGAGGAUGAGGAAGAUAAUAAAAUUGGAGUCACAGAUGAGGAAGAUCUUCUUCGUCCUCCUCUGCCUGCCGUGGAAGACGACGAUGAUGAAGACCUGAAGGACACCGAUGUGGAUGACGAUGAGGAUGAGGACUUCUCUGUUGCCUCCUCUGAGCACUUUGCAGAUGACGAAGACGAUGAUGAUGAAGACUCUGACCUCAAGGACGAUGACCUUGACCUUGACCUUGACUUUUACAGCGGCGUCCAUGUUGACCUUGUUGUUGAAGACGAUGAUGAUGAUGACGAUAUAGACGAGGCGGAACUUGACGUCGCUCCUGUCGAGGGUUCAGACAGUGGAGUCUUAGGAGAUGAUGAUGAUGAUGAUGAUGAAGAAUCGGCCGGAGAGACAGUCUUCAGUGAUGACAUCACAUAUGACACAACUGACGACGACGACGAUAAAGACGAUGAAGAUGAUGAAGAUGUUGAUUCCGGCUCGUUCGAGUUCAUGUUGGAUCAAGACGACGAAGACGAGAUCGAAGAAACAUUGUUAAAAGAUGAAGAUGAGCUCCCAUCUUUAGCUGGUGAGGAAGAGGAAGAUGAUGUUGACGAGGAAGAUAGGGAAGAUGAUGAUGAUGAGGAUGAUGACGAAGUUGAUGAUGUCCUGCUCGCAGCCUCCACUGCAGCGGCGCUCACUGUCCAGGAGGAGGCAGUAAAGACUGAGGACCACGACGAGGAGGAGGAGGAGGAGGAGGAGGAG